AUGCCGCAUGAAUGGAUGAAACUCCUGGCUGGCGCCUUAUCGCUGACAUCCGGCGUGUGCGCAGACCUGAGUACGCAAAGAUGCUUGGCAGGAGAUGAAGAAUGCUCGGGGCCGGAGCUCCUGGCUUCUGCCAUCAGCGCAGAGAAUGCCAGCAGCAGCGAGCUCAACUUGCUCCAAUCCGCUGCAAGGCAAGCGGGGCUUCCAGAUCCGCACAAGCUCGGCUACAAGUACAUGGCAACUACCACAAGAUACGGCCACACCAGCCUCACAUCCUGCGGGGGUCUUGACACAAUCAAGAUCGUCAAGGGCACGGGCUACUAUGCGGUCGCCUCAGCACAGAACAUGCAGGGCGACUUCGAGCGAGUCUCCGGCAGCUGGUGUGGAAAGGACGGCGGAGGCCAAGGAACAGCUGGAAUGGGUUGCGGGACUUGUGGCGAGGGCCGCUUUGUGUAUGGGCACCCCCAGUCCUAUCCUAUGUACGUCAAGAAGGACGCCGAGAUCUUUAAAAUGACAAUCAAGUUCAUUGUUAUCGAUACGUGCACGCACGAAGCAGGAAACUUGAAGUGGUGCGAGGGUAAGGCAGGACAGCCGAACAGCUAUGGCGCUCUGAACCACCUGGACUUCGCAGACCCACCGCCCCAAUUCGACCACUACUACUUUGCAUUCAGUCCAACACCCUGCCCAGCGGAACUCAAGGAACGAUUUGCUGCACAGAGCCAGUGUAAGCGGUGA